ACGAAGUCUUCCAUUCGCGGGUGAAAACGCAGCCUGAGCUUUCGGCGAAAAUGCACGAGUUAUUCCGAAAGGCAUCCGAGGUCGAGAUCGAGUUUAGACGAAGCGCGGAGUGACCAAUCGAGCGGUUCGGGUCGGUGGGGUUGUCCAGGGACGAUAAACGAGUGCUUAUCGCGAUACGUCAUUGUUUCUAAACCGCGAAACAAGAUUCUCCGAUGUGGAACUCGUGUUCGAAUCGAUUUGAGUGACGCGUAGACCAAAGGAGAAACGUAGAAGUAGGAACCAAGAGAGAAAACGGAGCUUAAUGGCUCUCAGGAGAUCGGGAAUAGACGGACAGGUCUUGCACUCGCGAACGGGGCGCCUCGCAAUAAGCAGCAUCGCCUCUCGUUCGCUCGUCCUGCAUCCACCUCCUCUGAGUGUCGACUUUGACUACAGGCUCCUCCUGUUGCUGGCACCGCAAAUUUUGCUUCCGUUUCCGUGCCUGUUAUGCGUGAACGCGACGAGAGUCGAGUGUUUAUAACUGAACGGUGCUGGUGGCGGUGACGAAGGGAAAGGGAAAGGGAAGAGGAAAAAGAGAGAAGGGGAAGAAACUUGGACAAGCGAGAUAAAGAGAGAAAGAAAGUAUCGGUGAAGGCUCGUCGAACGAGAUAUUCGAAGCGGUGCGCCACACAUCUCUACGGAAGGUCGUAUUUACCGCGGGAACCUUAUUUGUGAAGUCAUUCAGAGGUUUCAAUAUCGUGUUGUAUAUCGAACCUUCCAGCGAUCGUUUUCGUCUCGAAACUCGUUGGUAAAGCGUAACAGAGUUGAGUCAACUUCCGCCGAUAAGUUGAAUCGAAUCUGGAUAACCUGAUCGCACAAUUCCGAGUGUCAGCUCGUCGACAGGCGUGACAGCCCGUCGACUGGGUCGUCCGUCCUCUGUCCUACCCUUCUUGGCAAUACCGGGUCACAUAACCGAUUCACAAUGUUCACCGGGACAAUGAAGAUCCAAAUAUGCGAAGCGGUCGGACUUAGGGCGACUAACAAGCAACGCAAGUUCUGGCAGGAUGAACCUAUACUCGAUCCUUACGUUCAACUCGACGUUGACGAGAAUCAUCUUGAUCGCUCCUCCACCAAACCGAAAACCUUCGAUCCGGUAUGGAACGAGAGUUUCACCCACGAAGUCCAAGACGCGGUGAUGCUUGGACUCACUGUCUUCCACGAUGCGGCAUUACCGCCGGAUUAUUUCGUCGCCAAUUGCAGUAUCCCUUUCGAGGAACUUGUUAGCAGAAAUGACAAACCUGCGGAUUUUUGGGUUGACCUUGAACCUCAAGGAAAACUCAGGGUUAGGAUUGACUUAAAGUGGAAUGAUCAAGAUCAACGAACAGGCUGUGGUACAAGUGAUGGAGCAGGUAUCGGAGGCAGAGGUGGUGGAAGCAUCACUGCUGGGAAAGAACCCAGGAGGGAGUUCAAAGAACGACAGGGUUUCAAUCGGCGAAGGUUUGCAAUGCGACGCAGAGUUCAUCAAGCAAAUGGUCAUAAAUUUAUGGCUACUUUCCUGAGGCAACCGACUUUCUGUUCUCACUGCCGUGAAUUUAUAUGGGGCUUGGGCAAGCAGGGCUAUCAGUGUCAAGUUUGCACAUGCGUUGUUCAUAAGAGGUGCCACAAGUUAGUUAUUACAAAAUGCCCAGGCAUGAGAGACGAGUCAAGUCAAGAUACAGAAAGUCCACGUUUCAGUAUAGAUAUGCCACACCGUUUUGUUGUUCACAAUUUCAAGAGAUUUACUUUUUGUGACCAUUGUGGUUCACUAUUGUAUGGCUUGUAUAGACAAGGUUUACAAUGCGAAGCUUGUGAUAUGAAUGUUCACAAAAGAUGUCAGAAGAAUGUAGCAAAUAACUGUGGUAUUGAUACUAAAGCUAUGGCUGAGAUUUUAAGUACAAUGAAUAUAUCACCAGAUAAACAAAUAAAAACUCCAAAGAUUAAUUAUAGAACAACAACUUGUCAAUCUGGUGAAACAUCCAAAACUGUAACAGUCACAAAUACGUUGCCAACCGAUAACUCGCAAACAGUUCAACAAAAAACAGAAGAAACGCCAGUUAUCGUUAGUGAAAAUGCAGUACCUGUUAGUGAGAAUGAAGUUAGAAAAUUUGGUAUCGAAGAUUUUAAUUUUAUCAAAGUCCUUGGUAAAGGUAGUUUUGGAAAAGUGAUGCUUGUAGAACGAAAAGCUAAUCCUGAUGAAGUAUACGCCGUGAAAAUUUUAAGAAAAGAUGCGAUUAUACAAGACGAUGAUGUUGACUGUACAAUGACGGAAAAGCGAAUUUUGACGUUGGCAGCAAAGCAUCCUUUCCUCACUGCUAUUCACAGUUGCUUUCAGACAAGCGAUCGGUUGUUCUUUGUUAUGGAGUACGUGAACGGAGGUGAUUUAAUGUUCCAUAUUCAGAGAGCUCGAAAAUUCGAUGAAGCAAGAGCACGUUUCUAUGCAGCAGAAGUUACACUUGCACUGCAAUUUCUUCAUAAACAUCAUGUUAUAUACCGAGAUCUUAAAUUGGACAAUAUAUUACUCGACCAGGAAGGUCACUGUAAAUUAGCAGAUUUUGGAAUGUGUAAAGAGGGUAUCAUUGAAGGGAACACAACUACGUCGACAUUUUGUGGAACUCCCGAUUAUAUUGCACCCGAAAUUCUUCAAGAAUUGCAAUAUGGCGCCAGCGUCGAUUGGUGGGCAUUAGGCGUUUUAAUGUACGAAAUGAUGGCUGGUCAACCACCUUUUGAAGCGGAUAAUGAAGAUGAUUUAUUCGAAUCUAUUUUGCGAGACGACGUGCUUUACCCAAUUUGGAUCUCGAAAGAAGCAGUGUCUAUUUUGAAAGGAUUUAUGACAAAGAAUCCUGCUAAAAGAUUAGGCUGCGUUGCUGCUAACGGUGGCGAGAGCGCUAUAAAAGCCCAUCCAUUUUUUCAAGAAAUGGACUGGGACGCUCUCGAAGCGCGCAAAGUAAAACCACCGAUUAGGCCAAAAAUUAAAAGUAAAAAAGAUGCCAUGAACUUCGACACAGAAUUCACGAAAGAAGAUCCUGUACUGACACCAGAAAAUCCAGAAGAAGUGAACUAUAUCAAUCAAGAGGAAUUCCAAGGCUUCUCUUUCAUCAACAAAGACUUCAACCCAGCCAGGUUUGGAGCGCAGUAAAAAGUAAGAACAAAUUGAGUAAACGAGAAAGAGGAUACAAUGUUAAUGUCAUUUCAAUGCUUCUUGCUUGGAAAAUUGGUGAACGUGCCAAUCUGCAAAGCUGAAUAUCAGCGUUUAUGAAGCUGCUCGGAAUCUCCUUUGUAUUUGAUCUCCAUCGGAGAUAAUUUUUUAUCAUUGGAAGCAACGUUCAAGCUAUCGGGAAAAAGUGAUGGAGAUCGUGAAGAAAUUUGGAAACUUCGUUCUGUUUUCUACAACAUCUUUGCAGGAAUAUUGAUUACAAGUAUGACGCUAAUUUGGCACGAGAAGAAACGUGUUUGGAUCGAAGUCUGUUUCAAGGUCUGACAGAAUCACCGUUUUCUUUUAAUUUUUAUUUUGAAAAGCCAAAAGACUAGGGCAUGUUCGAGAGGAAACGCUAAUGAGAGAUCCAAUUCACGAUGAUUAAAAAAUGUACUUUGGAAUCAAAUACUGAUUAAGGGAAUUAGUACAAAAAAGAAACGCAGCAAAGAAAGUCAUUUUCAAUGGCAUGGCGAUAACGAUCGCUGGGCGAUCUGAUCAUUUCUGUUGAAUUGAUAUUCUUACAAAUUAUGUAUAAAUACUGUUAGAAACUCUACAGAACUAUUUAGAGAAUGGAGGAAAAGGAUUCGAAUCGAUAAGAACUUUUUUCUUAAUCGUAUAUUUCGUUUCCUCUCAGAGCGCUUAUAGAGGAUUUCCUCUAAACGUUUUAUACCAAUGACGAACAAGUAAUUUGCACAGGAACAACCUUGAGUCUGAAAGAUAACAAAAAAUAUUGAAGUUACAAGUUUUUUCUCACGACUCAGUUCUACUGGAACAUGUAAGUAUCUUCUGAUUUACAGACUCAUGGUUUAUCACGUUAUAAAGACUUGACACUUACGUGUUUUUUUUUAACGCUUACACAUUUACGUAUGUACUUAGUUUCAUAUUACAAAUCAUGAGUUUUUCUAUCGUGGCAGAAAUAAGAUGAUCGAGUUAUUCCAAGAAUAUUGCUUAAAAAAUAAGUCGAGUUUUAGGAGUCUUAGCGUAGUGUGUCGAAUCACUAGUGAUCAAGACUGAAACGUAAGCUGGGCUUAAGUUUUAAGUAAAACCAGCAGGCGCAAUUAUAAAUGUCGAGUCUGUAAAUCCUGUGCAUACGAACAUAGUAUAGAAUAACUAAUUAGAAAGAAAGAAAAAAAAAACGAGAAGUUGUAUUCCUGUUCGAACGAGAAUUCGAACGGACUAAAACUUUUCGUUGAGCUUUAAUCCCAGAGGGUCAUCUCGCAGCGCUUUUCCGAUAGAGUUUAAAAUAAUACAACAUUAAAGCCAUGCUCGCGUGGUGAAGAUCGAGCAGGAUACGAUCUGACCAGGUGGUCAUGGUGUUUCAUACUUAAAAAAAAGAAAUAUAGAAUUUUAAGUGAUAAUAGACGCGACGGAGUCCACUGGUGGUCGACCGUCAAACUUAACACAAAAUAAUAUAAUAUAUAUAUAUAUAUAUAUAUAUACAUAUACGUAUGUGUAACACGUAUAACCUUAACUUAUUUUAAUAUACGCCUAAAGUAUAACAAAAAAGAGAAGAGGGGAAAUACAGUGGACAAAGGAAGACUCGAAGUGAUCGAACUUGAUGCGCAGAGUAAAAAAAAAGAGAAAAAAAGAAAAACAGAUGUCCACCUAGCGAUAUUGAUGCACCUUCCAGAAUCUUCGUACGUGUUGUCUCUAGUUAGGUGUUCUUUAAAGCUUGAAGCAUCAAUUUCGUGUACUUAAAACCAUUAGGAAAUGGCUGAAAGCUCUUUAGCGUAUUAAGUGAUCAAAUAGUCAAGCCUUAUUUGCGGCGUGCAGAAACGCUCGAAGCACGUUUUCAAAAUAGAAAUCGAUGAACGGUUACACGCUGAGUCGAGUUUCCAACCGAAACGGGUUGGACGAUAAAAUUAUCCGCGAUAUAAGGGAGAACGAUUUCUUGGAUGUUUUAAAGAGCAGAGGGAAAAGAAAAUAUAAGUAAAAUACUCUAUAAGUUGGAGUUUCCAUCAAAGAUGUCCCUAUCGAAUCGCGAAUGAAUCAUGAUCCACAUUUCGAUUCGAUCAUCGAUCCUUGAUGUAAACUUCGAGUCGUCGUUGAUAGUUUUAAAAAGAGAGAAUUUAAACGGUAAUUAGUAAUAAUAGCGUAACAACUAGUAAUUAAUAAAUACGUUUUAGUCAACGUAAAUUCGAACUGCGGCGCGCAAGAGAGAAAAUAUUUUAACGCUGUCGCGCGACGAGUCGCUAGGCGACGAAAACUUCUCAGCCCCAGAUUUUGUAAUCUAGCGACUCGUUUUGACGACAGGAUGCAUUAAUUCGGUGUCGUGAAUAAUUAUCGUAUUGUACGUUUUUAUGUCGCAUUAUUCGUUCAACGAAAGAUCAAGAUUCCGCGCGCAUGUCAGCUCUUAUUGGUUAGGUCAUAAAUGCGCAUGCGGUAUGCGCAUAACGUGUACACUCAGUGGGCAAGAAUCUUGUAUAUUUCCUAUUAUCAUUUCUUCCCCCUAUGGACGUAUUUUUGUCCGUGCUGUAUAUGACAGAAAACUGGAGGUGGCGAAUCUUUCGUUGAACGAGUAAUAUAUUAGAUCCAGUGAAGAUACAAAAAAUAAAAAUAAAAUCGCUUUGUACCGGUCGAGAUGCUGCCCUCUGUGUACUUCGAGCUUGUGCAGAACUCGAAGUGCAAAGAACGCGUAGAGUAUCGAGACACGAUCAAAAUGAUUAAAAAACAAUACGUAUUCCAAACCCACGACACGACAUAUGAUACUUGUCGCACGAUCUUAGAAAGUACAAGGAGAAUUAAUGUAUGUAAAAUAUAGUAUAUUGUCUACUCACGAUGCCGCUUUCAAGAGAGCCGUAUCGUGCGAUGGUCAUUCGCAUGUAUAAAUGUAGCUGAUCGUAAACCUUUUUACGGCUUUUGCUUGCAUAGCAAUAAUUACUGACCAGUGAUCGUAGUAUCCUGUCGAUGUAUCGAUCGAUGGGUCGAUGUCACUCUCCGUGUACCAAACCUCGAGUGCUGCGUCCGUGUCGUCGGUGAAUCUCUUUGUAAACUUAUUGUUGACACAUAGAAUUUAUACUUAUUUCGUAAUACGUAAAAUGGUCCUCGAAUCGCAACAAGUCGAUAGUUCUAUUAACGUGUAUUAUUCGUAGAAGAAUUGUACGUGAGAAAAAUGAUCUGAUCGACAUGGAACAGCAGUCGAUUCAUCGAUGUUUGUACACUUACUUAUCGUAAAUCUAGUCAGAACGAGAACGCAGAGGCCAAUUUGGCUCGAUAUUUCGGGCUACGGAGGUUAUUGUUUUAUGCUCGAGAGACAAGUUAGUCCGGCCUACGCUUAAAAAAAAAGAAAAAAGACGGUUUUGUGCGUUGUUCGAAUAGGCAAUUACUAUUAUAUACGGUGUAUCGUUACGCUUAGAAUGAUCGUAUAAUAUUGGGACUGAUACCGCGUCGAUACUAUUGGAUGCCAAUCCAGAAAUUUCGAUCUGGUAUCGGGCGGUAUUAAAAACGUAAAUGUCAAAAUGUGUCGAUAUCUUCGUGAAGUAUCAAAUUUUGAUUCAAAGUAGUGGUAUCGGUCGAAGAAAACUCUAUCGAUAAUUAAAAACAAGCAUCUAAAAUUUCGGUACGUAUCGAUAUCGGUCCAAUCGCUACGUGUAACGAUUAUUCCACGCGUUAAAAAAAAAAACAAAAAGAGAAAGCAAGCACUUUAUCGUCGUUAUUGAUGUUCUUUUAAUUUUUUACGCGUCGUGUGUUAGAUGUGUCUCAUUCGGUUGUAAAUCCGUUUUUGUCGAAAA